GCGGUGGGAAAUCAAAACUCUACUUCUGCAGUCGCUCUGUCCCAUUAUCAGUUUGAAAAACCCUGGUGGAAAGAUGAAGCUGUUUCUAAAGUUUGCCUAAAGAGCUAUACGGAUCCCACCUGAAGAAUAAAUGGACGAAUCUGACCUCAUAAACGGAAUAACUACUGAUUCUACGUUUAAGAAGAAACGUCUAGCAGUAUUGUGUUUACGGCUCUGUUUGUGUCCCUGCAAUUCUCCUGACACUUUCCAGCUCCCCAGAGGAGUAGUUUGGCAUUGGGGAAGUGCACAUAGUAUACAAAGAAAUGACUGAACAGGGCUUCUCCGCUUCCACUCUAUUAAAGCGCUAUCGUCUGGCCAUGACAGAAUCAAACUCAGUCUCCUCACCAUCCGGUACUGCUGCUGAGGACCCGUCAGAGGGUAAGGACCUUUCAGCAGAUGGGGAUCCCAACUUCCCCAUGUCUUCACUGGCAGAACUUCUGGACAAUGAUGAUGGAUCACAGCCGCCCCAGGAUUCAGCUCGACCUGGACAACAGAAUGAUAACAAGCAGAACUCGCGGAUAAGAUUCCCAGGAGCCUUUAAAAAGGGAGUUCCUAACCCUAUGGACCUUCUUGAGUCCACCAUGUCUGAGUAUCCAGUGGCACCUGGGCCUAAGAAAGCACCUAUGGACUCCCUGUUCGACUAUGGCACAUGUAGGGAGGUCAACAACCAGAAAAAACGCAGGAAGAAACUUCCACGAGGGAAGGCCGAGACUGAGAUGUCAUGUGACGAGGGAUCCCCAGAGCCCCCUGUUCUUAAAGUCUUCAAUCGCUGGCUGUUGUUUGAAGCCGUAUCUCGAGCAGAUCGAGGAGCUCUGGAUGGUCUCCUGCAGUAUCUUCAGUCACAUGAAAAGAGGCUGAUAGAUGAGGAGUUCAAAGAACCUUCUACAGGGAAGACGUGCCUACCAAAAGCACUUCUGAACCUGCACAAUGGUCACAACGAUACCAUCCCUGUGUUGCUGGACAUUGCCGAACAGACAGGAAACCUCAGAGAGUUCAUCAACACGCCCUUCAGAGAUGUGUAUUAUAGGGGUCAGACGGCACUGCAUAUCGCCAUAGAACGACGAUGCAAACAGUAUGUGGAGCUUCUGGUGGAGAAGGGGGCUGAUGUUCAUGCCCAGGCCAGGGGCCGAUUCUUCCAGCCCAGAGAGGAGGGUGGAUACUUCUACUUCGGUGAGCUGCCUCUCUCACUCGCAGCUUGUACCAACCAACCAGACAUGGUGCAUUACCUGACUGAGAAUAGCCACAAGACGGCAGAUCUGAGGAGGCAGGAUUUAAGGGGAAACACAGUCCUGCACGCCCUGGUCCAUAUCGCUGACAACACUCGGGACAACACGCAUUUCGUCACUAAGAUGUACGACUUGCUGCUCAUCAAAUGUGUCAAACUCUACCCAGACUGCAACUUGGAGAAUGUACUCAACAAUGAUGGCAUGUCCCCUCUCAUGAUGGCUGCCAAGCUGGGCAAAAUUGGGGUGUUCCAGCACAUUAUCCGGAGAGAGAUAAAAGAUGAGGAGGCUCGACAUCUUUCCCGGAAGUUUAAGGACUGGGCUUAUGGACCCGUCUACUCCAACCUGUAUGAUCUGUCUUCACUGGAUACCUGCGGAGAGGAAGUUUCUGUUCUGGAGAUACUCGUCUACAACAGCAAGAUUGAGAAUCGCCAUGAGAUGUUGGCGGUGGAACCCAUAAACGAGCUGCUGAGGGCCAAGUGGCAGAAGUUUGCCGCUGUGACCUUCUACAUCAGUGUGUUUUCCUACCUUGUCACCAUGAUCAUCUUCACUCUUGUGGCCUAUUAUCGUCCAUCAGUGGGUACACCCCCUUACGCCUACAACACCACAGAAGACAAGGUGCGUUUGGCAGGGGAGAUCAUAACCGUGGCUUCUGGAGUCUUUUUCUUUGUAACAAAUGUAAUUUACAUACACAAUAACCAAUCAUUUUUAGUACUUUUUUUUUUUUGUAAGAUCACACUUCCGUCUCAGCUUGCUAAAAGCAACAGUGGUUUGUAUGCCUAUGUGUCUGUGAUGGUGUUUGCUCUAGCACUAGGUUGGAUGAACACCCUCUAUUUUACCAGAGGCCUUAAACUCACUGGAACUUACAGCAUCAUGAUUCAGAAGAUUCUAAUCAAAGAUUUGUUCCGGUUCCUGCUGGUCUAUGUGCUCUUCAUGAUCGGCUAUGCAUCAGCAUUAGUGUCACUGCUGACCAUCUGCCCUGAUAAGAAGACAUGUAAUGAUAGCUGCCCCAAAUACCCAGAAUGCCGAGAUGCAAACACCUUCAGCGAAUUUCUCUUGGACCUGUUUAAGCUGACCAUAGGCAUUGGAGAGCUGGACGACAUGCUAAAAGGCGCACAGGAUCCCGUCGUCUUCCUCAUUCUCCUGGUCACCUACAUUAUUCUCACCUUCGUCCUGUUACUCAACAUGUUAAUCGCUUUGAUGGGAGAGACGGUGGGACAGGUGUCCAAAGAGAGCAAGCAGAUCUGGAAACUGCAGUGGGCAACAACUAUCCUGGACAUUGAGCGGUCCUUCCCUGUGUGUCUGCGGAAGUCUUUCCGUGUUGGAGAGAUGGUUACUGUGGGCAAGGGCUUGGAUGGAACGCCAGACAAACGCUGGUGCUUCAGGGUGGACGAGGUGAAGUGGUCUCACUGGAAUCAAAAUCUGGGGAUCAUAAACGAGGAUCCAGGCCAGAAAGACCAUUACGAACAAACACAGGGUGGACGGGGCCUUCGAAGAGAUCGCUGGUCCACGGUCGUCCCAAGAGUGGUUGAACUGAACAGGGGCUCCAGAGACCAUACCGUAGAGAUGGAGCCUCUCACAGGCAGACACAGACAUAAGUCUGAAAGCUAAAGCUGAACGCUAAGGACUUAAAAGAGGGUCAAGCCCUUGAAACUUUUAUUAAUGGGCUGACAGUUAUGUAUUUUAUAAAAGCUGACAAUAGUUCUACAGUUUUUAAUCACUAUUGGGAGAACAGCUCUCUAUAUAUAUAUAUUAUGACUUUUAAAAGUAUCCUGAUUUUUUAUGAUGAUGAUUGUGUUUUACAUGUAUAUUUGGACCCAUGAGACACUCAGGGACAUAUUUAAUGUGUAAUGUUGUAGUGUUUUUCAUGGCGUGUGCAAUAGAUUUUAAA